AUGGAAAUAAGAAUCUCUGGAAUUUUUGUUAAAAGUAUUGCUAAAGGAAGUGCAGCUGAUAUGUGCGGUCAAAUACGAGUAAAUGAUCAAAUAAUUGAGGUGGAUGGUCGCCCUUUACACGGCUAUACAAACCAUGAUGCUGUUGAAGUAUUAAGAAGCACAGGAAAAUCUGUUAAGUUACGUUUAGCGAGAUAUCUUCGUGGAGCAAAGUAUCAGCAACUUCAACUGGCUAUUGCUAGUGGUGAGUUGAGUUACCCAAGUUUACCUACUGUUCAGGCACAAAUACAUGAGCCAAAGAUUGUUGCAGAGGCAGCUAAUAAAGAUGUUGAUGUUAAUAAUGUAAAUCUUCUAAUUGAUGAUGAUUAUGCAAGUGCUUUAUCACCUACAGUAGAAGCAGCUAUCCAAAGCAAAUGGAGUAAAAUUAUGGGUCCUGAGUUUGAAAUUGUUGUUGCUCAGUUAUCAAAAUUCCGUGAAGGAGGUGGUCUUGGUAUUAGUUUAGAAGGCACCGUAGAAGUAGAGGAUGGAAAAGAAGUUCGUCCUCAUCAUUAUAUAAGAUCCAUUUUACCUGAUGGGCCAGUUGGUGUCAAUGGCCGCUUGCAGGGAGGGGAUGAAUUAUUAGAAGUAAAUGGAAUAAAACUGCUAGGCAUGAACCAUCAUGGUGUGGUAGCUACUUUGAAAGAACUUCCAAUGCAUGUGAGAAUGGUAUGUGCUCGUCAGUUGCUACCUGCUGAACAGGAGAUACUUCCGUCCUUGAGCCAGGCCAACUAUUCUCAUCCGUACCACAUGGAAUAUGACUUAUCAACUGUUCCUGAUUUUGUGGGCCGUGGUAUGCUUUCUGGACCUUUUGGGGGCAGCCUUACAUCGCUUACACAAACAUCUGAAAGAUUAGUCAAAGCAAAAUCUGAUGGCUCUCUCGCUAUUGGAACUUCAGCAGCUUCUUCACCCCCUAUGGAGGCUGCUCUUUCUAAAUUAAAAUCGAGAUCUCUAGAACCUCUCACUGGGCUAGCUAUGUGGAGUAGUGAGCCUCAAAUUAUUGAAUUAAUGAAAGGAGACAGGGGAUUAGGUUUUAGCAUCCUUGACUAUCAGGAUCCCAUGAAUCCAAAUGAAACAGUGAUAGUUAUUCGAAGCUUAGUGCCAGGUGGAGUAGCUCAGCAAGAUGGACGUCUCAUCCCUGGAGAUCGACUACUCUUUGUCAAUGAUAUUAACUUAGAGAAUGCUAGUCUUGAUGCUGCGGUGCAAGCGCUGAAGGGUGCACCAAAGGGGGUCGUUCGUAUAGGUGUUGCCAAGCCCCUCCCCCUGCCCGAGAGUGGCCAGAGUGGACAGAUCUCUGUGGACAGUAGUCCCACACUGCCAGAUAUGAAGUCUUCAUUUGAUCUACCUCCUCGUCUGAGUUUGAAUUUGGACUUUGAGCAGAAACCGGCGAUUGGAGAAAAGCUUGUGCUGCCAUCUGCCGACGAAUCUGAUACUCUGAAAUCUUCAAAAUUUAUUCAGUCUCCUUUGAAAACUAUUCAAAUCAAAAAGGGCGCAAAUGUCUUAGGUCUCAGUGUGAAUAUCGUCGAUUCCAUGGGUGUAGUGAUCACUUCUGUAACACCUGGAAGUGCCGGAGAUCAAGAUGGUCGUAUCAAACCGGGAGAUAUCCUGGUUUCUAUCAAUGGCUGCUCCUUGCUCGAUGCAGAACCUCGCCAAGUGGGAGAGAUCUUAAGGAGUGUCGACAAAGCAACAUCCGACGUCGUAGUGCAGUAUAUACCUGCAGAUACGUCAUUUACAGAAAUAUCGCCAAAGAACUCUUUCCGACAGUUGCAAAAGCCUCAUGCCAAAUUUGAUGAAGAAGAAGACGAGUACUUUGAUGUUCCUGAAUCAGAACCGCCUGAGCUUCUGUCAUAUACUCCAUCUACACUCGUAUCCGAAAUAAAGAUGCCAACACCUUUUCCCCAUGCGUCUCCUGAGGCGGAGAGGUUACGAAAACAAACAGACAACAAAAUAUUGCCCAAAUUACGACCUGCAGAAACCAAAAUUUCUGCUAUCCACUUACCAGCGAAAUCUGCUGCAGUUCCUGUUACCGUGCCGCCUACUUCUGUGGGAUCUUUCGUCAAAGGGUUAGACGUAUCCAGUAUGGUCAGCAAAGUGAAACCAACAGUGCCUUUUAAGCCCACGAGAACUUCUCUAUCGCCCAAAGAUGCCUUGCCUGCCAAAGCCAAACCUAAAACAACGACAAUCGAGAAUCUCGUGGGAGACAUGAAUACGACUAGCAUGGCUAGGCAAUGGGGUCCAGAAUGCACAGUCGAGUUGUGGAGAGACCCUGUUAAAGGUCUGGGUAUUAGCAUUAUAUGCGGUGCAAAAGUAGAUGCACUUCAUGGAGGUAUCUUCAUUAAAAAUGUUUUACCUGAUAGCCCAGCAGGAUGGAAUGGAAUGCUUAAAAGAGGAGAUCGAAUUCUCGAAGUUAGUGGUGUAGAUAUAAGGAUAGCAAGUCAUGCCAAAGCAGUUGACGUCAUUAAAAAUGCAUCUAAUCCUGUAAAAUUCCUAAUUCAGAGCUUAAUUCCAUUGCCAAAAAAGGCCGAAUCCGAGUCGCCAUCAGUUCCAUCGAUGUUACCUCUGGAAGUAUCAACUGAUGAUGCGAAACUCGAAACCGCGAAAUCUCCUGACGCCAAAACUUCUACGCUUACAUCAUUCCAAUUAUCUCCUGUUUUGCCAACUGCCCACAAUCCUAGCACCCCUUCGGCGUCUUCUUCCAAUUCGUCUUCCCGCGAAUCGACCAUCAAGAGAAAUAGUUCAUGCAAGGAACCUGUCGCGUCUCGUGAAGUCAUCACUUCCGCCCCUGCAACUGUUACUCCGUCCGAUGAAAGUACCGUUGAUGCCGACGAUCUUCCUCGUGAGAAGGAUGAGACUGACGAUAAAUUAGCCUUUGGCCCUCUGGAGGAAGGCAAAGUGCUGACGAAGCAAGGGCUCCAGAUCGACUCUGCAAGUGCCGGAAAUAUAAAACUGACACCUACAGAAAAGGCUGGAGACCUUGAAGAAGAAGAUGAAUUUGGCUAUACGAGCAGUAAGCUUUUUAUUUUAGACUGCGAGUCUGCAAACAUUAAAUGAUAAAUGUAACGAAAGACAUCAUUUACAGAACAAAGAGAAAAGUUUCACUCUUAUUUCUGUGAAAAUGCUUUAUUAAAAAUUUAAAGAAAGAUUUCUGAUGAAUAAGCACAUG